GACGCGGUUCUGUCCAGAGCUGAUGAACAGGAUGGAGGGGGGAGUAGAGAAACAUCAGUAAGACAUACAGUGUCUUCUCAGAUAGGAAACAGCCAGGAGCGGACACGCGUGUUUUUAUGAUGUAGAGGCAGACAGACACACAGACAGACAGACAGACGGACUCGGUCUCAGCCUCAAACUUCUGAGCAGCAGCAGCACAUCCUCGUCGCUUCUGACGCAGUCGGAUUUCAGAACCCCACAAAACAAAUGAAAACGCAGAUUACAGCUGCUGUGAUGCUGGUGGUCGUGGACUGAAGAGACGAUUCCAGUGGUUUGCAGACAGACAGACAGAGACAGACAGACAGAGACAGAGGCGUGAGGUUGCCUUUCAGCACCAAGGACAGAGCUGGAGGAGCAGAAAAUGGCGGCUGCAGACAUCAUCCUCCUCUUCACUUUGAUCGCCUCCGUCCUCCCCACUGGGCUCUGCUGCCCUGAGCCCUGCACCUGCUUAGAUAAAUACAGCCGACAUUUUGCCGAAUGCUCGUACAAAGACUUAACCGACGUCCCACGCGGUUUGCCUCCCAAUGCUACAACCAUAAGUCUCUCGGCUAACCUGAUCAGUUUCAUACCAUUGGGCAGCUUCGAUAAUGUCACCCGGGUGAUUUCUCUGUGGAUGACCCACAAUGUGAUUGUCUCCAUCGAACAAGGGACUCUCACGCCUUUGGUUCAUCUGCGCAACUUUGACAUCAGCCACAAUAAACUCAUAGACUUUCCUUGGGAGGAUCUGCAGAAUCUCACCGUCUUGCAGAUGUUGAAAAUGAACCACAACGAGAUGGUCCACUUGCCGAGGGACGCCUUCUCAAACCUCGAAUAUCUGAGUUCCCUCCGACUCAACAACAACAGAUUUGUGACCAUAGCUGAGGGGACGUUCGACGGUUUAUUGUCUUUGUCAUAUCUGCAGAUACAUAGCAAUCCUUUCUUGUGCAACUGCUCCCUCAACUGGCUCAGAGACUGGAUUCUGACGACAACCAUCACGCUUCCUGAUAAAAAUCUGAUCACUUGCGCAGCUCCAGAGAAACUUCAAGGAAUCAAUGUCACUGAAAUGCCCGAGUCGAAGUGCGCGAGUCCAAAUGUCACAAUACAGACCGAGCCAAACGUUCAUGACAGAAACAUCUACGAGGACAGUAAACUGGUUUUGACUUGUGAAUUCAGAGGAAACCCAAAGCCGCUGGUCAUGUGGAACAUUCAAAGCAACAACCAGAAACAAGAGGUAGCCUUGUCGUUCACUGAGGACAACUCUGCCAAAUCUAACGAAGAAACAUUCACCUCUCAGAAUUCGGUCAAAGUCUUUAAUAACGGCACUCUUCUCAUAUCAAAACUCAGAAAGGAACAUGGUGGAAACUAUAGCUGUUCUGCCACAAAUGAGUUUGGUAGAGCGGUGGCGUCGGUGUUAGUGGAGGUGGUGGCAUCUCCAAAACCAACACCAGAAAAGCGAAAGACCACAACGUCCGUUUUUGCUAAAACAAACCCGUCUGUACGCCAAACAACAGACAAAACAUCCGUCUUUGAUUCUGUGCGCCUCCCUGAUAUAAGGAGAAAAUAUGUCACGAGCAUCGCGCCGACCGAACCUCCAACUGAAGGCGCCAAUUUCGAGUCUCACGAGGAGGCAUCGGGGUAUCCACCAACUCCUAAUAAAUGCGCCUUGACGGCGAAUACACGAUACAUUUCCACUCACGUCUUUAACGGGAGCCUGGAGGACGUCAAGCAGUACACGUACGACUUUGGCGUGAUUGCGCUGGGGGUGUCAGAAACGGAAGCAACGGUGCGACUCAAUCCUCUGCUCAUACCCAGAGGUAAGAGCGUCAAACUGGCCGCCGCCACAACAUCUGAGAGCCUCCACAUUGACAGCGGAGAACACCGCGGCCUCCCAGAGAGCAUUAAUUCAAACGCCUUGUACCUGUGCAUCACGGCCGACCACAAGCACUCGGCCGUGCAGUGGUCGAGGAUCAAGCAGGGCGUCAACACAUACCUGUUCAGAGAUUUACGGCCUGGCACCAACUACACGCUGUGUCUGACCUACAGAGGCGAGGACUGCGAGGUUCAGGUGCUGUUCACCACCAGACGAAGGGUGCCCAACCUCCUCAUCAUCAUCUCGGUCAGCAUCUGCCUCCUCACCGUGUCGACCGUGCCCCUGCUCGGCGCCACGUGCUUCCACCUCGUGUACAAAUACCGCAGCAAGACCUACAAGCUGAUCCUCAAGGCCAAAGACCAGUACCACAUGGAGAGGAGCCUCGCGGCCAACUUCAACCUCCACGCGCCUCACACCGAGUCCCAGAGGAGGAUCAACGGCAGCCAGCUGGACGAGGAGGAGGCAGAGCUGGAGAGCGGAGACGGGGAGAAAGAGGCGGACACGGAAGAGAGCAUGGUGACCGAGUCGUUUACUUUGUCCCAGUGCAGGGGAAAUUUAGACGACUGUGAAGUAGGAUCAGAGUAUAGUGACAGGUUGCCUUUGGGAGCUGAAGCUGUGAAUCUCACAGGCAGCUACAAACAUCCAAAUCACUAAGUGUGUGUGACGUAAAAUAGGUUUAGUUUCUCUUCUCCACUUUUUUAUUUAUUUUUUUCUCCAAAGUCAUAUGACAUCACUCAAAAUACAUUUACAUGUUUUUAAGUGACUGGACAGGACAUCAUCGACCAACACCAGAAAGAGGACGACUUGAUUUCCUCUUUCAACGACUCGUCGAGUUUAACCAUGAACGCCACCAGAAAGCAAAUGAGACAACCUCCAAAAAGGGGGCUCAACAUGAAAGCUGUUAAGUGUGCUUAUUUUCUGUCUUGGAGAGAGUUAAACAAGAGUGUGGAUCUAACGUGUCUGAUAAACAUGAAGAAUGGAAGAAGAGGUAAAUAGCUAGCUGGCUAAAACUAAACCGUGCACCUUCAUCACAUCUGCACAGUUCUGUUCUUUAAAAAAGCCAUUUUUACAUGCAAAUCUGGAUGCAGAUCUGCAACAGAACGCACAGUGUUAGACAAUCAUUAUAUGCAUGUAUUAAGUAUUAUAUUUAUUUAAGUGCAAUAGAUGAUAAGAAUACUAAAAUUUGACAUCCUGUUAAAAUUUAUCUGUAUCUUGAUUGCCCUGUUGGAAGCUGGUUAUCCUGGGUCAGUAAGAUCUUGUGGGUGGGGUCUGUCCAGUAAAGGACAGAAGAGGGGCAACAGCAUAGUCAUACAUGUCAUCUGAGCUCCGUCGAGUUGAAUGUGCUUACAAACAGAACAUCUCUAACAUCGCGCAGAGGUAUUUUUUUUUUGUUCUCUGUAUCCGUUGAAUGAAAUCCAAACUGCCACCAGACUCAGAUCUUCUGACUGGUCCUUCACCGGGCCAGGCCUGUACAAAUCUGAUCCAUUCUUUUAAGUGUCUUCAACUAAAGUCCAGUUGCCUUUGUUUUAGCUUUGAUCUUUCAUACUCUCUGGCAAGAGAUGAUGGAAAUGAUGCAUUUUUUGCUUUUUUUUUAAGACCACAUAAUCUGUAAAUGUUCAUCGUCUUGUAGAGAGACUUUGUCUUUAAGUGCUUUAAGUGAUUCCUUCAUUUCCAUUUGAGAAGAUGAAAUAAAUCAAAGUGAAUGCCAGGUAACAGGUAUCGAUAAGUGAGCAGCUACAGGCGAGGAUUCGAGGAUGGACAACAAAAAGCAGCGACGCUUGUGUCACAUCUGAAAUGUGAUUAAGAAAAAGUAGAUGUAGGGGGGAAGUGAGUUAAAGAUGCUUCUACACUAAGUCUGCAGAGUGCAGCAGCUUAAAAACACAGAAACUCAAGAUGUCAAGAAAACCUGCGUUGUGUUUCAGAUAAAAGAUAAAACCUUUGUUUCCUGCUGCCAUGAGCUCUUCGUGCAGAUACGCCGUGAACAUGUGAAGAUAACUGUGGUGUGUUAAAUGGAAACUGUUGUGCUUCAAUAUUAUCAACCAAGUCUACUCCUACAGUAAAAGCACCUACGAGUGUGUUGUGUUAGAAGACCUGCAUGCUGCGUGUUGUUGUGCGUCACAGUUUGUUGAAAACCUCCUGGCUCAACUAAUAACUUCGAGUCCGUGUUUCCUGUUGUCUUUUUGUUUUUCAGUUUUAUACCCCUGUGAUGAAAGAAAUAGUAUGUUUUUACUAAUGUGUUUAGGUAUUCUAAUCCUAUGUGCCUCAAUAAAGUUUGAACUUGA